UGUGUCUUUAUGUGUGAUCAGACUCAGUUUAGCAGAAGAAGCGUGGAGAUUAAACCCUCUGCAGAUUUCUCCAGAAAACACAACAGCUACUGCUUUAAUCCUGAGAGAAGCUUCAGGAGCUUCUGCUCGGUUUUCCAGAAUUUAAGCUGAUUUACCUUGCUGUGACAGAUCUGAGAGAUGGCACUUUGGCACCAGCUACAGCAGCUGGAUUCCAGAUAUCUGGAGCAAGUGGACCAGCUCUAUGAUGAAGCCUUCCCCAUGGAAAUCCGACAGUACCUCAGCCAGUGGAUAGAGAGCCAAGACUGGGAUGCUGCAGCUGCGGACGUGUCGUUAGCUACACUGCGUUUCCAUGAGCUCCUGACAAAGCUGGACGAGCACCACAGUCGAAUAAAUCAGGGCAACAACUUCCUGCUUCUACAUAACAUCCGGAAGAUAAAACGCAAUCUACAGAUGUUCUUCCAGGAGUAUCCAAUGCAAAUGGCAAUGAUCAUAUCCAAUUUACUGAAUGAAGAGAGGAAGAUUCUGGAGAUGGCCCUCAAAACACAGGAGAAGGCUGGAUCAUCACAGAGCAAUGUUAUGAUGGACAAACAAAAGCAGCUGGACAUCCAAGUGAACGACCUGAAGAAGAAAGUUCAGGAAGCAGAACAGGACAUUCAGGCUCUGGAGGAUCUACAAGACGAGCACGACUUCAAGAAGAAAACCUUGCAAAGUAGUCAAAUGGAGGUUGAAAUGAAUACACAGGCAGCAAAAGAGAUCAAGGAGGAGGAGUUGAGGAUCAAGGAGAUGUUUCUAAGACUAAACCAAAUGAGAGAGGUGGUCAUAUAUGAGUUAGUAAAUGCCCUGAAGUUAGUGGAGCAGAUUGAAUUCACUCUAAUAUCAGUGGAGCUGCCUGAAUGGAAGCAGAGGCAGCAGAUGGCCUGCAUUGGAGGACCACCAAACGCCUGUCUGGACCAGUUACAGAGCUGGUUCACAACAGUAGCAGAGUGUCUUCAGCAGAUCCGGCAGCAGCUGAACAAACUCAACGAACUGCAGCUAAAAUUCACGUACGACAACGACCCCAUCAGCCUGAGCAUGAGUUCUCUGCAGGAACAGGCCCUGAAGCUCUUCAAAGACUUGCUGGUGAAUUCCAUGGUGGUGGAGAGGCAGCCCUGCAUGCCCACCCAUCCGCAAAGACCCCUAGUGCUGAAGACCGGCGUGCAGUUCACAGUCAAGAUCAGGCUGCUUGUCAAGCUACAUGAGCUGAACUGCCAACUCAAAGUCAAAGCCUCCUUUGACAAGGAUUUGCCAGAGAAAACCUCAUUCAAAGGAUACAAUAUUUUGGGCACAAACUCGAAGGUCAUGAACAUGGAGGAAUCCAGCGGUUGCUUGGCUGCUGAAUUCAGACAUUUGCAACUGAAAGAGCAAAAGAGUGUGGGAACAAAAAGCAAUAAGGUCCCUCUCCUCGUUACAGAGGAGCUCCAUUCCAUCAGCUUUGAAACACAUCUCAGUCAGCUUGGAUUAUCCAUUGAUUUAAAGACCACCUCACUUCCUGUAGUAGCCAUCUCUCAUAUCAACCAGAUGCAGAAUGCCUGGGCCUCCAUCCUGUGGUAUAACAUGCUCUGCACUGACUGUCAGAAUCUGACGUUUUUUCUGAACCCUCCAAUGGUAAAGUGGGGUGAACUGUCGAAGGUCCUGAGCUGGCAGUUUUCCUCGGUCACUAAGAGAGGCCUCAGCGCAGACCAACUGAGAGUGCUCGGCAACAGACUGCUAGGUGCUGAGGCUAACGGAGAUCCUGAAGCACUAAUCACCUGGAAUAAGUUCAGUAAGUCUACUGCUGACAGGGGAAUUGUGUUCUGGUUGUGGUUAGACUCGAUACUGGACCUUAUUAAACGAUGCCUACUCAACAUCUGGAAUGAUGGGCAUAUCAUUGGCUUCAUUAGUAAGGAGAAGGUGAAGGCUCUGCUGUGGGAUAAACGUCCCGGCACUUUCCUGCUGCGCUUCAGUGAGACGUGUAAAGAAGGAGGAAUCACCUUCACGUGGGUGGAGCAGACACAGAACGGUGAGCCGCAGACACACUCCGUCGAGCCCUACACUAAAGCGGAUCUUAAUGAUCUAAGUUUCCCUGAUGUCAUCCGGGACUACACACUAAUGGCUAGUGAGAACAUUCCAGAGAACCCUCUGCUCUACCUGUACCCAGACAUUCCCAAGGACGUUGCUCUCGGAUGUUACUACAGCAAUCCAGACGACGAUUCAGAAGCCAUGGAUGUGGAUAGACCAUAUCCCUAUUUGAAAAGACAAAAGAUCAUGGUGUCACGUUUUCCACACACAAGACGUCAGGACAGCAUGCUGCUUCUGAAUGAAGAAGAGUAUGAUGAGGUUGAGAAGCAAAACAAAGAAAGUGGAAUGCACACAUUGUGUUCUACUUUACCACACUGAUCCCCACCUACCAAGCCUGUCGGACAGCAGAGGUGUCCUGCUGUGUCCUCUACCUGAUAUAGGAGAAGAGGAAUUCAAAGAAUGAAGCAAACUGUGAAGCAGAGGAUGCAGUUUAAUACGUUUUAUAACGUUGAAACUGAAUUCCUGAUUUAUCUUCUUUUUUUGUUUGUUUGUGUUUGUUAAAAUUGCUGUUGUGUUUCCUGUUAUCAGCUGUGUGAGAAUUGUGAACGUUUGUGGUGAAACGGCUAGAGAAAAAUACAGGCAUAUGAGAGUUUUUUUUAAAUGUAAUUUUGUUACUGCACUCUAACAGUAUAUUAACUCCUCUUUGCAUUUGUUCAGAAAGCAAAGCUUUAUUUAAAAUAUUUACUUGAUUUUUUUUUUUCAUUGCAUGGGAUAUUUGCACAGGUACACACACCUCACACUCAGUCAGAUAUGAUCUAUGAAAUAGAAUCAUAAAAGGAAAAGGCAACAGAAGCUGUCCAUUUGAAAUGUUCUGUCUCAUCCCCUUUUUAUCUGAUGCAGUGACUUAAAUAAAUAAAGCAGUUUCUUUGA